AGAGCAAAAACAAUUGCGCGACAAAAAAAUCCAAAUAUCAUUAAAUAUUACGUAGCUUCAGUAAAAUAUUCACCCUGCAACUCCUCCUUAGUCCCGUUGCACACAGCACAACGAUGAUGAGCCUGCUGGGCCGACCCGACGUGGAUGCGGGCGAAGUGUUUGUGAACUUCAAUCAAAACAUAACAUCACUUGCAGUCGCCACCAGCGGGGGCUACAGCCUGUACAGCCUGGGGUCUGUGGACUCGACACUGGACAAGAUAUAUCACACGAAGAGCGAUGAGCUGUUCCUUAUCGAGCGCCUGUUCGAGAGCUCCUUGGUGGCCAUUGUGUCGCAGCGGGCGCCGCGUAAGCUGAAGGUGUGCCACUUCAAGAAGCAGAGCGAGAUCUGCAACUAUUCGUAUGCGAACACAAUUCUGGCGGUGAAGUUGAAUCGAGAGCGCCUGAUCGUUUGCCUUGAGGAGUCGCUCUACAUUCACAACAUACAGGACAUGAAAGUGGUGCACACCAUCCGGGACACACCCUGCAAUCCGUUGGGUCUCUGCGCCCUAUCGUCAUCCUCGGAGCACUGCUAUCUAGCCUAUCCGGGCAGCGUCACCUCCGGCGAAGUGCAGAUCUUUGAUGCCAUCAAUUUGCACGCCAAAACUAUGAUACCCGCCCACGACACUCCAUUGGCGGCCAUAGCGUUCAGCCCCUCGGGCACGGAAAUAGCCACAGCCAGCGAACGCGGCACGGUCAUACGCGUAUUCAGCUCCCAGGAUGGCAGUCGACUGUUUGAGCUGCGACGUGGCCUCAAACGUUGCGUCUCCAUUGUAUCACUCUCGUUCAGCAACUGUUCGGAAUACUUGGUAUCCAGCUCCAACACGGAGACUGUGCACAUCUUUCGCUUGGAUCGCAGCGCCGCCGAGACAGCUGAUCAUGGGAAGCAAUCGACCGAUGACUGGAUGGGUUACUCGUUUUUUAGAUUCUUAAGCAAAACGGUCACCAGCUACCUGCCAACGCAGGUGACCGAUGUGUUCAGCCAAGGACGAGCUUUUGCUUCGGUCUCACUGCCCGAGGCAGGAGUGCGUCGCAUGUGCGCCAUUACCACGAUACAAAAACAGCUCAGACUCUUGAUUGCCUCGCAGGAUGGUUAUCUGUAUGUAUAUUCCAUACCAUCUAUCGAGGGUGCCGAGUGCCAGUUGAUCAAGCGACACGAUCUACGUUUGGAAGAUCAUUAUGCCAUGGAUAUUAAAGUUGAUUCACCUCAAACUCUAGGCCUGAACAGUGGCGUAAGCAUCGGCGGUGCUGCUGGCGUUCCCCCCAGUGGUGCUGGUGCUGGUGCUAGUGGAAGUGCUGAUGGAAAAUCGACUGCCACUGACAAGCCAGGUGGCAGCAGCUCCACAAGUGGCGGUGGCGGUGCCAGCGGAAGUGGAAGCGCUGGGGCUAGCUACGCCUCGGCCGUAAAGGGUGACGAACCAGUGGGUGGAGGACCUUCAUCCACCUAGAUGCAAAUUCAAUUCGCGAACAACCAGAGAAAUAGAUCAGAAACCAUAACAACAAACUCACUCCUCAAAGUACUACGGACGAUGAUGCUAAAGUGAUUGCAAUUUGGAGCUCAUGCAGCUGGCGACGAUGAAGAUUGGGCGACGGUAGUAGCCUCUGUGUGGCGUCAAGCAUAUUUAAGUAAAGAAAUAAAUAGGUCAUAGACUUAAUUUAGCUUUUAAUGUUAUCAAUGGCGACCGCUUCCUUGUUUUUUACCAGCAAAAAGGGACACCACUCGCGUGUCGCGUUUCUCCUUUUUUCUUUAAACCCAUUAUAAAUACAAGCAAUGCUUAGUUGUUAAGCCCCCGUCCCGUUCGUGGCGCUGCCUUUGGAAUAGGAAAAUGCUUUUUGUCAUACACUCUUAAGUUAGUUGUUAAUUAAUAAUUUAAAACGAUUUAUAGAUUUGCUUUCAUAAUUGAAUUGAUUUGCCCUGCUUUUUACAAAUAAACGGCCUUUGCAAAUUA